UGGGUGAUUUGAUACUUUGAUUGAUUGAAUCGCUGAAAAAUAUUUGAAAAAUUUUGCCCCUUUGAUCCUCCCCUUCGCUUUUUAUAAUUUUUGAACGCUCUCCAAUCGCGAUUCGGUUUCGCAAGUUCGCAUAUCGGCGCCCGCAAUAAAACGCUGGAGCUAGUGGGGCCAGAAAUAAACACACUGCAUGAUUAUAACCGCGCGCCCCAUGUUGGUAAAGGGGAAAUGAUCAGCGGCGGCAAAUACGCGUUAUUCAUUGCCCUCGUCAACUAAAAUUUCUUCUUCAACUUCGUCUAUUUCGGACCGGAGAAUAUUUCAAGGACGCCUAUUUUUGGCGCGGUUUUUCAACCGGACUCCAUCAAUUAAAUGGAGAGCGAGAUCUGCGUGCUCUCUCUGCGGGGAUGGUCCGAUCUAAAGAGACCCCUGGCUUGUGUGUAUCUCUGGCCAUGGGUUAUAUAUAACUGAAAUAGUUGGCACCGGCGGCCGCAGAGCCAUCAGCAGCGCGCGGUCCACGCAAGCGGCCUCUUCGCGGUAUCUUUAGGCCCACUGGCCGCUAAAAGACCCGAAAUUUAUAAAUGCCACCGGUUGUUGCACUUUUUCGGAAGCAGCGGCGACAAACGAGAUUCACAGAGGCGUCGGCGAUGCGAGAUUUAAAAAAAAAAUCUUGGAGAAAAGAAAUCAGACGAAAGAGCAGUGGCGGCUUUUUGUACUUUUACAGCUUAAAGUCACGUGGAUUGGAUUAUUUUAGUCGAUUUUCACGCGUGGAGGUCUCGUUUUUCUCUCGCGCGUAAUUCUUCAUUUUCUGAAUACAAACAAAACAUCAUUCUUCACUUUGAAUCAAGUCGAUGCGGGGGAUAGUUUGUAUUAAAAAUCAAAUGAAAUAAACCCUAUUAAUUUCGGGAUUUCCUAUUUCACAAAAUUGAAUCAGACAUUGGCAACUGCAUGCCUUAAAAAUUCCCCUAUUUUAAAACUAAGUAUAAUUUCCAUAAUUUCGCAAUUUUUUAUUUAUUCCGUCGUUCUCUCAACUUUGCAAACUGCAAACCCGUGUUCGUCAGCGUCACGAGAACGUUCUUUGCGCGUUUGCCAAAACCUAAAUUUCGCACACGUUGUGCUGCAGUCACUUUUUCGCGGUGUCCGGCGUGGGUCGUCCGUCGGUUUGUGUCCGAACCUCCGUCGAUCCGCCCGAAACCGCGGCGAGCGAGCGAAACAACGCGCUAAAAAAACAGACUCGGUGCUUCUACUUUUCGAGAGAGGUGUGCGUAUCCUCAUUUUGACCCUCGUCCACGCUCACUCACUCACUCAGUCGUCCCGCUCCCCUCCUGCUCUCGCGCCGCGGCAGCUAGGAAAAUAGACUGGCGCGAGCAGCAGUUUUAGCAGCCAGUCGCGGCCAAGUAGCUCGCUCUCGGGGCCCGCGGCACCCUCAGGGCGUGAUGCACACGAGGUGCUGCCAGGGUGCCCGGCUCGCAACUGGUCAGUGACCAACUCGGGGAGAUGUCCCGGCGCCACCAGUACCAGAGAUCGGCCACCAUGUCCUCGCUGGUGGACAACGACGUCGUGCGCACCUGCACCAGUCUCAUCCAAAGACUGACCACCAGGGUCCGCGGACCUUCCAUGACCUCCAUGCUGACCUCGUCCAACCCGGCCAACGUCUCGUCGGCGGCGGUGGCCGCGGCCGCCAUCAGCAACAUGGGCAGCGAACGCGCCCGUCUGGAGAAUAAAUACGCCGACCUGCUGGAGCGGCGGAAAUUGCACGCCACAACCACCCCUCCCGCCCCCGACGCCGCCUCCAAGCUGAACGGCCGGUCCUCCAGCUCGAGGGACAGGACGCCGUACCGCCUGACGGACUACACGAAACCGGCGCCGGCCGUGGCCGCCGGCAAGUACCAGUACAAGACGCGCGCCAGGACCGGGGGCCUGCAGACCUCCGCCUCCUCCACGGCCGUGUUCCGCCCCCAGAGCCCGCCCAAAAGCAUGGCCUCCUUCUACGCGAGGCCCAGUCCGCCGCCGCUGGCCGUCACCAAGCGGCGGCAGUACUCGGGGGCGGGCGGCCGCCAGAGUCUGCAGAUGGAGCCGGUGAGUCGCGCCAAGAUGGUUUUGUCCAACUACGAGGAGCACCUGAACGGGGUCGCGCGGCCCCCCGAUCGCAGUGCCCGCUCCAAGUACCACGAGUACGAGGCCAACAGCGGCCGCGGCGGAUACUUUUCGCGCACCGUCGACGAACCGCCCAAGUACCGGCAGACGUCGGAGGCGGCUCGUUACCCCGCCAACCUGGCCACCUCCAAGAGCUGCCACAACUUCGGCUUCGGCGCGCGCCACCACCUGAACAAGGAGGGUUCGCGGGACAGCUCGACGCUGGAGCGGGACGUGGAGCCCGUGUUGUCCAAGUCCAAGUCAAAGCCGCGCAAGGACAUUGACUCGCUGCUGCUCAAGUACUCGAUCAUCGACGACGCGUACUCGGGCAAAGUGAACGUGCACAACCCGUACGCGUUGGGUUCGACGGGCUCGCCGAAGCGCUACGUGAGCAAGUACGUGGCCCCGCCGGUGGUGCCCGCGGCCGCCCCGCGCCUCCACGACCCCAUCCCCCUGUCCCCCAUCAGCAAACCGUUGAUUCAAACGCCGAAAUUCACUUUCCGUAACACGACCACUAGCUUCCGCUCGACACCUACCCAGGACGAUGAUGAAGGACACCUUAUUUACCGGCACGGAGACUCUCUUCAGCACCGCUACCGAAUCGUGGCCACCCUAGGCGAGGGCACGUUUGGCAAGGUCGUGAAGAUCAAAGAUAUGGACAGAAAUGACAGACUCUUUGCGCUGAAGAUCAUAAAAAAUGUGGAAAAAUACAGAGAGGCGGCCAAGCUGGAAAUCAACGCUUUGGAAAAAAUCGCCGAGAAGGACCCGACCGGCAGACACUUGUGCGUCCAAAUGACGCAGUGGUUCGACUACCACGGUCACAUUUGCCUCGGAUUCGAGAUGCUGGGACUGAGUGUCUUCGACUUCCUGAAAGACAACCAGUACCAGCCGUACCCGAUGGAUCAAGUCCAGCACAUUGGCUACCAGUUGUGUUACGCCGUCAAGUUCCUGCACGAUAAUAGACUAACUCACACUGAUCUGAAACCAGAGAACAUUCUCUUUGUAGACUCUGACUACGAUGUCACAUACAACGCGAAAAAGCGAGAUGUGCGUCGCGUGAAAAAGAGUGACGUCCGCCUUAUUGACUUCGGAAGCGCCACUUUCGAUCAUGAGCACCACAGCACCAUUGUCAGCACUCGGCACUACCGAUCACCAGAAGUUAUUUUAGAGUUGGGCUGGUCUCAACCUUGUGAUGUGUGGUCCAUUGGCUGCAUCCUUUUCGAGUUGUACCUGGGCAUUACUCUGUUCCAAACACAUGACAACAGAGAGCACUUAGCCAUGAUGGAGAGAAUCCUUGGGCCUAUACCUUAUAGGAUGGCCAGAAAAACGAAGACAAAGUAUUUCUAUCACGGAAAACUUGACUGGGACGAAAGAAGUUCUGCUGGACGCUAUGUCAGAGAAAACUGUAAACCUCUGCAUCGCUACCAGAUGACCGAAGAGGAGCAGCACGUGGCUCUGUUUGACUUGAUCUCUCGCAUGCUCGAGUACGAGCCCUCGAACCGCAUUACCCUGGGUGAAGCCCUGGACCACACCUUCUUCUCCUACCUGCCGCCAGAGAAGAUUCUGCACAUGCAGGACAGGAAGCGUGCAGCUUCACCGAAGAGUGACAGCGAGGAACGAGAGAGAAGCCACUCGUUGUCCCGGUGACGUCGUAAAGAGCGAUUCAUCGAGACUCCGUCUUACCACCCACCGGACAAUGUCUACCAGCCCGACUAUAGCGUUCCCGCCUGCUGGUGGUAGCCUUUGUGGUGGCCUCAACGCAACCGAUAAAUAAAAAUGAUGGUUUUGAGCACAAUUUUAGUCAAACCAUAUUGCUGUACUUAUGGGAGAGUUUGUUCGUAAUUAUUAUUGUACUCGUUAAAAAGAAGCAGUUCCAUCUUUGCUUCCCUAGACUUUUGCUUGUAACUCAGCUGUUGACAUGUAUCAUAGUUUUAUUUUUAGUGAUGACCACAACUUGAUUGUUUUGGUCGGAUAUUUUUUAAGAAAACUCGUAAAAUGUUGAUUAUUCACUUGCGAAUAAUGAGAUGAGCUGUGAACGAAUUCGUAAUGAACCGCAGCAUUGGUUCACUUCUUGCGUUAAUUUAAUUAUUAAACUCAAAAUGAUGUAGCUUUUGUUUGUACAUAGAUCCACCUUCCAAAUAUUGACUAACCAGACGCUCCUGAUUUUGUUCCACAUAUCACGCAACGAAUUAGGCUGAGGUUACUUAUAAUUUUAACUCUCAAAGCUUCUUAGCUUGUUACAUAGCUUGUGUAUACUGCAGUCAAUCAAUAAAAAUCAAUCCAAUAAAAUUAAAAAAAGGCAUUUUAUU